UAAUUGUUAGCUUCAUAGACCAUUACUGAUUAAAAUUGCCUGCAACACUGUAGAUGACAGAAAAUAACUGAUGGCGUAAGCCUACGAACUAAGGAAAUGCUCUUUGACAAGGCCAAUUGGUGCCAACUAGAAAAGGGCUCCCUGUCCUUUACAAACAACUCCUUUCCUAGUUCUAACAAACUCACUACAUCUAAUACAUCUCUUUCAUGGUGUUUUUCCAUGAAAGGUAGCAGGUGAGCCCUCUACUGAAAGCUUGUAACUUAUCACCACUUGUAACCAUCAUGAGACGGGUGUACGGGAAAUAGUUAAGCAAUAUAUAACCAUAUUGAAACUAUCAGAUGGUCUUAGAGUAAAGUUAGUCACCAGGGAAUUGUAUGACUAGGUGAUGGCCCAUUCAAGCAGGAGGAAGUUGGCACCCCUCCCUAGUCAGCUGGUGAUGUAACACAAGGCUCAAUUGUCUAAUAAUGCCCUAUUCCAGAAGUGUAAUUGGAAAUCUAUCAAAGAUUACUGUAAAUAAUCAAAACCACUUGGAAAUAAAAGGACCAUUAAAACAGACAGGGGAUUUCCAUGUCUGUGAAUAAAGAGGAAAAAAUAGUUUCAGUAUCCACAGGAUGAAAAAAGACUCUGUACCCAUUCACUGGGGAAACAUGUUGAUUGAGGGUGGGUCACAAAAAAUUGGAUCCCAAUUCCUAUGCUGCUAGCUAGCUCUGUAACAAACUGAGCUUUGGGUGGGGGAACUUAUUAGCAGGGCAAGGUAACUGGUUAUAAAGCGUAGGUUGUAACUUGCACUUUGUUUUGUUUUGUAUUGUAACUAGACAUUUCCAGCGCUAUUUUUUGUCUAGUGGAAUCUCUAUUUUUAAAUUAACUUUCUUUCAUUUUAUUAUAAGUGCUGCUGUACAGAUGUGAUGAGAACGUAAAAGUGGUAAACUGGGGCACACUGCUCUUUUGGGGGCAGAGGAGCUGGGCUUUCUGAGAAUAGCCAAUAGCAGGGGCUGGCUAUCACAGGGGGAUGAUUCAAGGGGACCUGGGCUACUCUUUUCAACCUGAUCUUAGUAGUUUGAAGCUAGUUUGGCUCCCAGCACAAAUAAGAGCAACUGUUGCUGUAGGGUAUACCAAUCCAGGGUCACAGUGAGAUCUUACCACAACCACCAAACCGCUCAGUGGGUGUCAGGCUGAGAGGGGCUGUCUGAGUCAGCUGUUCAAAAGCUUCAGAGGGGUAGCUGAGUUAGCCUGUAACUGGAAAAACUUAAAAAACAACAAAUAGUUCUGCAGCACCUUAAAGGCUAACAAAACAUGUACAUGGUAUCAUGAGCUUUCAUGGGCACAGCCUACUUCUACAGAUGAUAGGCGUAUUAAAAGUCAGAUCCAAGAAUAAAUUAAGUCAGCUGUGUUGGUGUUAAACAAGUGAGGGAUUCUUCUGAACAAGCAAGCAGCGAGUUCCUCCCGGCUUUGCACCAGGGGGUGGAACAAAACAGUCCACCAGAUGUCCCUUGAAAGUUAGAUUAUUUUUGCUUGACUUAUGGAAUCUGUUACUCUCACCACUAACCCUUUUCGUUUUAUUCCAGUUGCCCAUGGAUCAGCCACUGUCCCCAUUUACGUGACACAGCAUGUAAGGAGCUGAUGAUGUGGGAAAAAACAGUGGACUUUGCUAAUGUUCCUGUUCUAGCAAGAAGGGAAAUGGAUGGGUUUUAUUAUCUUGGUAUGAUAAAACAGGAGCUAGAGCAGGACGAGAGAGGAACUUUUCUGGUAGAGUUUGACAAACCACCUGUCCUGGGUGACAAGUACACAGUCUGUGUACAAAAAACAGCCAGGGAUGACAUCCUUGAGUAUGUCAAUGGAAUGAGGCACUCCAUACUCCCUGGAGACAAAGUGCUGGCACCCUGGGAACCUGACCUGGUCAGAUAUGGCCCUGGAACUACCCUACUGGGCAUUGAAACAAGGGAUCCCCUCAGAGCCUCAGAGGAUGAAGAAAUCACAGUUUAUUCCUGGAAUGGCAAGAAAGUCAAAGUACCAUUGGGUGUGGCCUUGUGGAUUUCACCAGAUACAUGGGAAAGAAUAGUAGAGAUGAUUCACAUGCCCAUCAGCAGCAGAUUAAAACUCAUGAAUGCCCCCAGCACCACUAGCUCUUACACUUGUCUGUGCAGACCUCUCACUUCACCCAUCCCUUCAUGUUCUUUAGCUGGGCAAAAUAGGUACGGGUGUGCCUGGCUAUGCACAUUAAUGCACCCCCCUUUUCAUGGUCUCUGUUACAGUGCAUGCUGGUCACCAGUACAUGUAGGGUGCAUCUGCUGUUCCCAUCCCAAAUUCAGUGUCUGGUGGCGCCUGCUAGCCACAGCUUUGCUCCCUCAAAGAAGCACUACAGCGCAAGAGUCGAACAACAAGCAGCCCACUGCACAGCUUCUGGAAUUGGAAAGUCCAAAAGAAAAGGAACCAGCAGCUCCUGCUGCUGACACUUCCUCCUCCUCUUCUGAUUUAGAAAGCAAGGGGGAGAGGUGUCUAACUAAGAGCAUGGUAGUGGAUAGUGCUGUUAAUACAAAACCCUGUCUUUUCAACAAAUUCAAACGGGAAGAUGGUGCAAGACUUGAGUGGAAUUAUUGGAAGAGAAGCCACCCCAAGCUACAGCCUAGGAACCCAGGAAUCAGCAUUCCUAGCAGUAAGUGUACAAAAGGGAAAACAGAAUCUAGAACAAUUUUCUCCUUGGACACAUACCCUGUUGCAUCAACCAACCAGAGUGCAAUGUUUGAAACUAUUGAACAGUCACCAAGACAAUAUCUCGGACUGAAAGAUGUCUUAAUCCACUGUGAUUUCAAGCCAUCACUAGGGACACAGGGCACUCCUUUAUUAGAGAAACUUGGAGAAAAUCAAAUAGAAUAUGAACACCAGAGAAACGCCUGCAUGGAGCACAAAAGGAAGAAAAAAAUCCAGCAACAGAUGUGGGAAUGUGAAAGAGAACAGCAGGCUGAGGAGAAGUACUGCACUGCCCAGGAACACCGGAGUUCCCCUCCAUGGUUUUUCCAGGGACUGAGGAACAAGAAGUUGCAAUAUCUUGAGAAUGAAGAUAAGAAGGUAAAUGAACAAGACAUAAAGCAGAAUCUGACCAUGAAAACAAAGCAACUUACACAGCAGAGGACAAGCCUGAAGAUGCAGGCUACGGCGGAAGAGGACAGGCAGAAAGGACAGCAAAGACUAGCUCACCUGCAACAAGUCAGAGAGACACACGAUCAGAGGGAAUUUAAUAAGUGUAUAGCUGAAGAAAUUAAAGAGAUACAAUCUCAGGAAGCCAGAUGGAGAAGAGCGGAGAUACACUACAAGUUAAUGGCAGAAAAGAUCUUUCAAGAUGAAAAGCAGAAGAGAAAAUAACCAGACAGGACAGAACAAAAGAAAUGCUACAGAGAUAUAAACAGCAAAUAUUUAUGUAGAAUCCUAGCCCCAUUAUUGCUAGCACACUUAAAGCUUCCCCCAAAUAAAAUCAACUAGAAUCUCAUUAGAAUAACUAAGUAAAAUUUGGAUAUGCAUACUAAAACAUGACACCCAUUUUAUUCAUAGUUUUCCAUUCAGCAAGUUACCAAGUCCAUGAGAAGACCCACUGACUUUAGCAGGAUUACUCAUGUUCUUAAAUUAGGCACAUAUUGAAGUGUCUUGCUGAAUUAAAGCCUUAAAGAUAAUGAACUUAAGUGGGAGUCAAAGAUAGACCCAAGUGUUUUGUUCAAGUGGCAUUUAGAUUAUUGAAAGUGAAAAUGAGCAGUACUGGUGAAACUUGUAUCUAUGUAGCACUAACUGGGCUUAAUGUUUUUUAAACUGCAACCAUGUGCACCUUUAGUCUUGAAUGGUAGCUCCAGUGUGACCAGUUAUCAACCACAGUGACAUGGCACACUGUAAGCCGGAUCCUCAGCUGGUGCAAAUUGGCAUGGCCUUCAGUGGAACUACAUGUACAUCAGUUGAUUGGGUUCUUUAUAUUAAAGCAAAUAUGAAUACAA